AUGGGAGUGCUGAAGAGGGCCAGGCAGCACGUGGAAGAAGCCAUCAAGGAGAAGAAGAACUUCAGGGUGCUGGGCCCCUCCCCUGUCAUCCGCAGUGUGCUGCAGGCAUGGGGCUGGGUGGAGAAGAAGUUCUCCAGCACUGUCAGGGUGGGCCCCCGCUUGGGGCAGCAGCAGGACCCCCGGAAGCUGCCGGCCGAGGAGGAUGAGGAGGACGGUGGUGUUGAGCAGAAUCAGGCAGCACUGGGUCCAGAGCCAGGGGCGGCAUCCUGCUGGGUUCAGCCCACAGUGGAGAUGCUGGAGGAAGAGGCAGGAGAGGAGGACCUGUGGGAUGAUGAGGACCAUGAUGGCAUCCAUGACAUCAUGUCCUUCACAGUGCGAGACCAGAUGCCGACCUUCAUCUGGACCAGCCAGUGCGAAGAUGUCAACUUUCGGCUGCUGCAGGACCACCAGGGGGUGAACCACUUCAAUGGCGUCAGAGCCUUCACCACCAAGGUGGAGCUGUGCAUCAACCUGCAAAACCAGUCCGGGUUCCACCAAGCCGAUCCCACCACCUUCUUCCCACGGUGCUACCGUCUGCAUGUUAAGGAUGAGUGCCAAGGCUUCAUCGAAGAUUUCCGCCUGACGGCAGCUCCCAGCCUGCUGAAACUGGCUGUGGAGAAGGCUGUGGACAUGCCAGGGGUGAUGAAGAGACCUAGCAAUGGGGCAGAUGAGUGUCGCCAGCAGCCAUGUCCCUCAGCCCAUGUCACCCUAGCAGGAUCAGCACCCCGACUGCCCCCUGAGCUGCUGGAGGCUGCCCUGCAGAUCUGCAGGGUGCAGCUGGACAGGAUGGAGCAUAAGGACAUCGACCGGGAAUCCCCAUUGCUCUACGUGACUGACGCUCACUGGGACUGGAUCCUGCAGGAGCAAUACCGCGUGGUGCGUGAGCAGGUCAGGCUGGCACCCAGCAUCCGCCAUUGGAAGCAGUGCAGGGCCCUGCUGCAGCAGCUGCAGGCGUGGCUGCCCCAGCUCCACAUGGAGGGUAUCCACAACCUUUGGAUCAUCAAGCCCAGAGCCCAGUCCUGCAGCAGAGGCAUCACCUGCUCGGUGCAGCUGGAGGAGGUGCUGGAGCUGGCAGGGAAAUACCUGGCACCCUUGCUGCAGCCAGGACAAUGGGUGGUGCAGAAGUACGUGGAGCUGUCACUGACCAUCCCGGGCACCAAGUUCGACCUGCGGCAGUGGUUCCUGGUGAGCGACUGGAGUCCGCUCACUGUCUGGUUCUACCGGGACAGCUAUGUGCACUUCUGCUGCCAGCCCUUCUCCAUGCACCGCCUGCAUUGCUCCCAGCAUCUCUGCAAUGUCAUCAUCCAGAAGCGUUGGAGGCUGGCUGGGGGCUGGCACCCCAAACUGCCCUGUGACCUGAUCUGGUCCAGCCAGCAGUUCCAGCUGUACCUGCAGCAAGCAGGACACGCGGAGGCCUGGGACAAGCUCAUCCUCCCCAGCAUGAAGGAGCUGGUGGUGGCUGCCCUGCACAGCGCCAGGGAGCUGGUAGAGGAGCACAGGGGCAGCUUCAAGCUCUACGGAGCAGACUUCGUGUUUGGGGAGAACUGCCAGCCUUGGCUGCAGGAGAUUAACACAAAUCCAUCCUUGGAGCCCUGCUCAGCGGUGACCCCAUGGCUCUGCGCUGCCGUCCUGCGCGACACACUGCGCAUGGUCUGGGAACACAAGGAGAACUCUGUGUGCUCCACCAGUGCCUUCGACCUCAUCUACAAAGAGGUGGGUUGA